UACAACUACUAGUUUCUGGAAGUUUUGGAAUAAAAGAGUACACGAUGUUAUCCUGUACACCAUUUAAUGGGUAGGUACCAGCUGUCCAAGGUCACUCAGAUCCAAACCACUAGCAGCAACAACAAACAAAUGUUGCUACUAAUGCUAGCCAUCUGAGGACAAAUGUUGCUCCAUCUGAUUAUGUAGUUUGUUAAUGAUAAGUUCAGCAUUUGUUUUGUCAGGAAUCCAACAAAAGGUGUACAAAGAGAGGAAAGAUUGCAGUGGCAUCAUGAAAUUCCAGGAGGGUUUGAUCAAAGGUGGGCACAAGAGGGCAUGGAACAAAGCACAAGAACAUCAAGGGGAAAACCUAUGAGGGGUAAACCAUUUGGCUUUAUCCUUUUCAUAGCUGCCACCCUGUUUGGACAGAGUGUCAGAGGGUCGUCAGACUCCAGAGGUCUUUUAUAUUUCUUCCCGACUCCUUGAAAUAUGGAAACAGCACAAUAACAAUACCACAAUAUAGGGAAGAAGUGCCCACAGUAGCCCAUGUCUGGAGAGAUCCAUAGUGGCUUCUUAAACAAAGAUUUAGACACAGAAACACCCAACGUUCUACAGUAUUCUCAUUCUUUGGUUCUCCAGUCCCAUGUUGCUACCUGAUAAUGCAAGGCUGUUUCCCCAGGUACGCAAACAACUUGCUCCGAGGUGGGAUGGGGAUAAGAACAUUUGGCUGUGCAAUUCAUGCAAAAGGUCUAGAUGCCAAUAACUGUCCUUGACUUGUCCCUGUACCAGUUCUUCCUUCUCCCACACACACAAACAUUUAGUCUGAGUGAAAAACACACCAAAGGAAUGCAGAAAUAACUCUUCGGACUGAAGUACUUAAAUUCCAGCAAAGGAAUCACUGUCAGAUCUGACCACAUUACAGGGUUGGCAAUUGCAUGGAGCCAAAAUGAAAAAUUUCUUUGUGCUGUUUUUAAUUCAUGGUUCCCUAUGUAAUGGAAAUCUUUUGAGCAUAAACCCUGAAAACCUGGAGACCUGGAAAGGAUCCUGUGUGUUGAUUCCUUGCCAGAUCAAUGAAACACUUCAUUUUGCUUAUCUUCCCCAUGCUAGCGUAGCCUGGUAUUUUCGUCCUUCUUUGGCUGAUGCAUUGUUCGACUACAACGUUCAGCCAUUGUUUGACAGCUCCAAAACUUUGGAGGACCACGUAAACUUAACAAGUCCUAACUUUCAAGGGCGGGUGAGGUUUGUAGGAGAUCUAACCAAAAGAGACUGCAGUCUGAUGAUUACUGAGCUCCACAUGAAUGACAGUGGCACAUAUAAUGCAAAAGUAGCCAUUUUGGGCGAAAACAAUGAAAGGCUACAUCUAUUGUUCCAGAGUGCAAAAAUUCAUGUUAGAGAAACCCCACCAGAACCCAAGGUGGAAACUCGACGCAUACAAACCCCGGGAUUGUGGGCGAUGAAGGUGAUCUGUUCAGUUUCUUACCAUUGUCCCAAUGAGCCAAUGAUGUUGACUCUUCGUGGCUUAGAGAAGCAUCCACAAAAAAGGAACAUUGGAAACAGGACAAUCCAGACGAUCGUGAGUUUUGAACCAACAUGGGAAGAAGAGAGCAAAAAGGUGAUAUGCUUGCUGACUAACAAGGAUGGGUCACACAAAUCCAAGACAACGCUGCAGCUGGAUGUGAAACAUAGUCCCCUGGGUGUCCAGCUUGUCCUUUUAAAUGAUCUGCCCAUAAAGGAAGGAGAUAACGUCAGACUGAACUGCUCCGUGAGCAGAAGUCUACCUGAUGACAACUGGUACAACUGGGCCAAGUCAGAUUCCCAUACUGUGGAACUUCGGUACAGUGGCCCGAAACUUCUCACCUUCCCUGCAUCACCUGGACCGGCAACUUCUUAUAAAUGUGAAGCAUGCAACUGGCUUGGUUGUACUUCAUCUCAAGCAGUCACUGUGGAUGUUCACUUUGCCCCUAAGGAUGUAAACAUUUGGAAAGGAGCACCAGAGUAUAUUAUUGAAGGCAGUGUUGUACAGCUGAGGUGUCAAGUGGGAAUGGCAAACCCACGUAAUUUUGCCUAUACCUGGUACCAUGACGGGCAACAGCUGAAUGCUACUGAUGAAAUGCUCAUCUUUCCAGAUAUCGCUUUUGCACAGUUUGGCAAUUACUGGUGUGAAGUCAGUAACAGUGUGGGCACGAACAUCUCACCUAGAGUCCUGCUUGAUGUUAUUUGUGACCAGUGUUAUAAAACGCCAUUGAGCAUAAGACUCAAUUCUCGAGCUUCUUGGAAAGGAUCCUGUGUAUGGAUUCCAUGCUAUAUUAAUGAAGCUCCUCAUACUGUCAUUUCCAUUUCUGUAUUGUGGUAUUUUGAACCUGAUAUUUUGGAGGACUACUAUGAUCACCUGUUGUAUGACAGUUCCAAAACACCAAUGAACCAGAUGAAUCUAACAUCUCCACGCUUUCAGGGGAGAGUACACUUCAUAGGGAAUGUUACCCUUGCGAAUUGCAGUUUGAUGAUCACCCAACUCCAGACAAAGGACAGUGGCACCUACCAUGCAAGAGUACUUGCUUCAAUUCCAGACUAUCCUUGGCCACUUAAAAGAUUUAUGAUUGCUCCGGUAAAUGUUACAGAAACACUUCCAGAACCCAAGAUGGAAACCGUGCCUGUGGAAAUUGAAGAACGGAAGACAGCCAAAGUGAUCUGUUCUGCACCUUACCAUUGUCCAGAGGAGAAUAUGACAUUGACUCUCAGUGGCUUGGAGGAAGAUCGUUUGUCUUCACAAGACACAACAAUUGAAAAUGGAGUGAUCCGCACAGUGUUGAAUUUUGAACCCAGUUUUGGGGACCAUGGGAAAGUGCUGAAAUGUCUUCUAAAGAGUGAGACUGGGUCACAGAGAUCCAGGAAUACGAUGAAGCUAGAUGUGCAAUUUGCUCCCAGGAGUGUAAUAGCUCUGCCUGAAACAAAAGAUGUAGUCAUGAUGGGCCAGUCCCUUCAGCUGAGAUGUGAAGUGGGAAAGGCAAACCCCCAGGAAGUGACUUAUGCUUGGUAUAAAAAAGAACAGGAGCUGGUUGCGGAAGGUGCUUUGCUGAUUAUAAGCAAAGCAAGCAGAAAGCAUAGCGGCAUUUACCACUGUAAUGCAACAAAUAAGAUGGGCUCAUCAAGAUCUUCGCAGAUCGAAUUGAGUUAUUUCUGCAGUUCAUCACAGCCCAAAGACUGCUACCUUAAAGUGUGGAGCCAAUAGUGCCUAGUGACUUACUUUCAGAGGGCUCAACAUGAAGAAGACAGCGGCACAUCAGGACCUCUUAGCAGAUUCUGAAUGUUUUAGAUGGGAAGAAUCAGAAGAAGCCCAAGAGGAAAAGGAAGGAGAACCAAAACAUUCUUCACACCAGACUGAUUCCUCCUUGCCUUCCAUUUUCAUGUCAAAGUUACUUUGUGUUUCCUUUGCUUAUUUUCAUUUCCUUAAAGUUUGCGUGCUUCAAAAAAUCAAAACGAGAACUAAUAUUUCUGCACUGAUACAGGUGGUAUGAUGGUAAAAACAGAACCACGUGAAAACAUAAUUUCAUAAAAGACUCUGAUUUACCUCUUUUCAGGUGUAAACUCUAUCACUGGAAUUUUGCAGGUGUAUACUCGUGUGCAAAUUCCCCUACAUAAACAGUUAGGCAUUUUUUUUGUCCAAAAUGUCCAAAUUCAGAAAUUGAGUUUUUGCUAGGCAACCCCAACCAGGGAUUUCAUUAUUUUUAUUGCUGUGCAGCUGUUCCCCAAGGAAGAAUAUAAAAUAUACAUCUUGAUGGGGCAAGAUAAAAAUAUACAUUAAGAAGAAGAUGAGGAAGAAGAGGGAGAAGAGGAAGGACAAAAAUCAAAACAAUAUAUAUAUCUAUAUAUCUAUAUCUAUAUCUAUAUCUAUAUAUAUAUAUAUAUAUAUAUAUAUAUAUAUAUAUAUAUAAGCUUUGCCCGGCCACGCGUUGCUGUGGCUUAUGGGAGUCCUUUGUUGGCCAGGUGGAAUAGCAGUGAAUAGCCUUGCAGUCUCAAAGCCUGGCCAUUUUCUGGAGUAGCUCGAGCUUUUUGUUGUAUGAACGUAGAGACAUGGACGAGGGGUUGUGCUGCCAAGUUUAGUAUUUCUGGGAUGUGUAGUUUUGUUGUUUUGUCCUAGGCUGAAAUUUCAUUACUCUUUUAUAUAUAUAGAUAUAUUAAGAUAGCUCCUGAAAGAUUUUUGCCUGUAAUUCAUACAAGUUAUUUCAGUGCCAUUAAUUCCACACAUUCCUGUUAUUGUGCAUGUAUUUUGAGCUUUAAAAAGGGAACAACUGCUACCCUGAUGCUUUUGUUCUUUUGAAAUGAUACACCAAAUAAGAGAUUUCUUCCUGUCCAGAUUGAUAGAAAGACAGUUUCCUGAAUUUUGGCCUUUAUAAGUAAGAUGGUCUUUUUGUGCUUUGGACAAGCCGGCUUUCCCAUUCUGAAUUCUGUUAUGUAACUUCAAAGGUGGAUCAGUAGGACCUUAAAGGGCUUAAUUAUAAGAUUGUUCUAUUUCUAUGAAAUGUGGAAAUAUAUUCUCCCAUAUCUUACAGGACAUUUAGUUAUCAGGCAAAAGGGUAAGUUUCUGAGCCUUAUUGUUAUAGGAAGACGCUCCUUUGAAAGUAUGAAGGUUAGUACUCUAGUGUGCAGACUGUUUUUGGAAAAAUCAAACCCAUUUCUUUAUAUCAAUCAGAGACCAAAAUGUAUGCAGUCAAGCUCAGAACCAAAUUCUAUGGAUAUUAUGGACUUUCCAAAUUCUAUCAAUAUCAUGGACAAAGGAGGGCAAAAUACUUUGAAUGAAUCACUGUUGUCCCACCAAGGGACAGAACAAAGAGGACCAUCAGUUAUAUUUGUCAUACAGGGGGUGUUCAUACUGGGUUAUUUCUUUAAAUUGGCUUACAAUGUUUUAGUUCAUUAUGUAUUUUAUGUAUUGAUGUAUAUGUAUUUGUGUUUUUAAAGUUUGUACAGCUCUUCGAAUCCCACCCAUGGGGAAAAAGCAGGAUAGAAAUGAAUAAAUAAUAAUAAUUAGG